UGCCAUUAAUCUGGUACCGCAUUCGAUCUUGUUGAAGCAAAGGCUUAAGGUUGGUGAUAAUGGCAGCGGCGGUGAGGUCACUGCGGGUGGAGAGCUUGGCGAGCAGCGGGCUGCUGACGAUUCCGGCGGAGUACGUGCGGCCGGAGUGGGAGCGGCUCAGCAUCGUGGACGUGCUGAAGGAGGCGGAGUUGGAGGCGGAGGGGAAGGCGAGGGAGGAGGCUGGGCCGCAGAUUCCGGUGGUGGAUUUCAAAGGGCUGGAGUCGGGGGAGGAGAGCGAGAGGAAGCGGGUGGAGGAGGAGGUGAGGAAGGCGGCGGCGGAGUGGGGGGUGAUGCAGGUGAUGAACCACGGGGUCGAGGGCGAGGUGAUCGAGAGGCUGAAGAAGGCGGGGGAGGCGUUCUUCGCGCUGCCCAUGGAGGAGAAGGAGCAGUACGCGAACGACCAGGCGGCGGGGAAGAUCGACGGCUACGGCAGCAAGCUUGCCAACAACGCCAGCGGGCAGCUGGAGUGGGAGGACUACUUCUUCCACCUCCUCUACCCGGAGGACAAGCGGAACAUGGCCGUUUGGCCCAAGAACCCCGAAAACUACGUAGAGGCGACGAAUGAGUACGGGAAGCAACUGAGGAAGGUGGUGACGAAGAUACUGUCGAUACUGUCACUGGGGCUGGGCGUGGAGGAGGGGAGGCUGGAGAAGGAUCUCGGCGGCAUGGACGACCUGCUGAUGCAGCUGAAGAUCAACUACUACCCCAAGUGCCCGCAGCCGGAGCUCGCCCUCGGCGUCGAGGCCCACACCGACAUCAGCGCCCUCACCCUCCUCCUCCACAACAUGGUGCCCGGCCUGCAGAUCAACCACGACGGCCGGUGGGUCACCGCCAAAUGCAUCCCCGGCGCCCUCAUCGUCCAUGUCGGCGACUCCCUGGAGAUCCUCAGCAACGGCCGCUACAGGAGCGGCCUGCACCGGGGCGUCGUCAACAAGGAGAAGGUCAGGAUCUCCUGGGCCGUCUUCUGCGAGCCGCCGAAGGAGCAGCUCCUCCGCCCGAUCCCCGAGCUCGUCACCGACGCCGAGCCCGCGCUGUUCUCUCCCCGAACCUUCGCGCAGCACAUCGAGCAGAAACUCUUCCGGAAAGAGGAGGAGGAAGAAGGUGUUGUUGCAGCUACUCAGUGAAGAGGAGCUGGUGGGCAGCCGCCGCCUCCCCGUGAAAUGGCCAAUUCGAUCGACUUUGUGUGCCUUGUUUUCUUUUCUAGCAGGCUUUUGAAGAGUCGUGUUUGCAGUAGCAGGACCUGAUCUUUCCCUCUGUUGGCGUUUUGGUGCUUUGAUCGUGUAUGUUGGUGGUGCUCAAUCUUAGUAGAAUUGAGUUGUCGAGUUUGUUAUAAGUUUGAUUCUGAUCUUACUUUUUUUUUUUUUUUUGUAGCGACAGCCUCCUCAAUAAGGAUUUCAUGUAUAUAGAGCUUAAAAAUAUUUGAAAUUUAAGUAAACUUACCAUA